UGGGGUGAAGGGGUCUGAAGGUUGGAUUUCUGAGUCUAAGGUUGGAGGUUUAAACCCCAGACUCAGGUCCCAGAGGGAGAGCAGAAGAUAUCUCUGACUCCUGGAAUUGGGAAGGAGGGGGCUGGAGGCUUAGCCUCCUGAGUUUGGGGGAAGGGACUGCAGGAUUCCUGAGACCCGAGGAAGGAGAGAGCUGGAUCUUGGACACCUUCGUCGUGGGAGGUGGCUAGCCUGCCCUGCCCUCUGCCAUGCUUCUCUCCACUCCCAUGUGGAAUGGGUCUUUAGACUCUUCUGGAGCUGAGGUCCACAUGAGAAAUUGAAGGACAGGGGAGUUGAGCGGGAUAGCAGGCCAGCACCGCCGCCAUGAUGUGCGAGGUGAUGCCCACCAUCAGCGAGGAUGGCCGGCGGGGCUCGGCGCUGGGCCCGGACGAGACGGGCGGCGAGCUGGAGCGCCUCAUGGUCACGAUGCUCACGGAGCGCGAGCGCCUGCUGGAGACGCUGCGAGAGGCGCAGGAUGGACUGGCUACGGCGCAGCUGCGGCUGCGCGAGCUGGGCCACGAGAAAGAUUCGCUGCAGCGACAGCUCAGCAUCGCGCUGCCUCAGGAGUUUGCGGCUCUGACGAAGGAGCUGAACUUAUGUCGGGAGCAGCUGCUGGAGCGGGAGGAAGAAAUUGCGGAGUUGAAGGCGGAGCGGAACAACACAAGGCUUCUACUGGAACACCUGGAGUGCCUGGUGUCCAGGCACGAGAGGUCACUGCGCAUGACCGUGGUGAAACGCCAGGCCCAGUCCCCAGGCGGGGUCUCAUCCGAGGUGGAGGUGCUCAAGGCUCUAAAAUCCCUCUUCGAGCACCACAAGGCCCUGGAUGAGAAGGUCCGGGAGCGGCUGCGGAUGGCGCUGGAGCGGGUGGCAGUGCUAGAGGAAGAGCUGGAGAUGAGCAACCAGGAGAGCCUGAGCCUCCGAGAGCAGCUGUCUAGGCGCCGAUCGGGGCUGGAGGAGCCGGGAAAGGAUGGAGACGGGCAGACCCUUGCCAAUGGCCUGGGUCCUGUCGGGGAUUCCAACCGGCGCACGGCUGAGCUGGAGGAGGCCCUGGAGCGGCAGCGUGCGGAGGUGUGCCAGCUGCGGGAGCGCCUGGCGGUGUUGUGCCGCCAGAUGAGCCAGCUGGAGGAGGAGCUGGGCACCGCCCACCGUGAGCUGGGUAAGGCCGAGGAAGCUAACGCCAAGCUCCAGCGAGACCUCAAGGAGGCGUUGGCGCAGCGGGAGGAUAUGGAGGAGAGAAUCACAACGCUGGAGAAGCGCUACCUGAGUGCCCAGCGCGAGGCCACGUCUCUUCAUGACGCCAACGACAAGCUGGAGAAUGAGUUGGCCAGCAAGGACUCGCUGUACCGGCAGAGUGAAGAGAAGAGCCGUCAGCUGGCUGAGUGGUUGGACGACGCCAAGCAGAAGCUGCAGCAGACGCUGCAGAAGGCGGAGACUUUGCCUGAGAUAGAGGCGCAGCUGGCCCAGCGAGUUGCAGCGCUCAAUAAAGCUGAGGAGCGUCAUGGGAACUUUGAGGAGCGGCUUCGGCAACUGGAGGCCCAGUUGGAGGAGAAGAACCAAGAACUGCAGCGGGCCCGGCAGCGGGAGAAGAUGAACGAUGACCAUAAUAAGCGGCUGUCCGAGACAGUGGACAAACUCUUGAGCGAGUCCAAUGAACGGCUACAGCUUCACCUCAAGGAGCGGAUGGGGGCGCUGGAGGAGAAGAACUCACUGAGCGAGGAGAUUGCCAACAUGAAGAAGCUUCAGGACGAGCUGCUGCUCAACAAAGAGCAGCUGCUGGCGGAGAUGGAGCGCAUGCAGAUGGAGAUUGACCAGCUGCGGGGGAGGCCACCGUCCUCCUACUCCAGGUCUCUCCCUGGCAGCGCCUUGGAGCUCCGCUACUCCCAGGCACCCACAUUACCUUCCGGCGCCCACCUGGACCCCUAUGGGGCUGGCAGUGGCCGAGCAGGCAAACGGAGCCGCUGGUCAGGGGUCAAGGAUGAGCCCUCCAAGGAGUGGGAGCGAUCCGCCCCUGCAGGGUCCAUGCCGCCCCCGUUUCCUGGGGACCUGGACGGCUCCGAUGAGGAGGAGGCGGAGGGGAUGUUUGGGGCUGAGCUGCUGUCCCCCAGCGGGCAGGCGGAUGUGCAGACCCUGGCCAUCAUGCUUCAGGAGCAGCUGGAGGCCAUCAACAAGGAGAUCAAGCUGAUCCAGGAGGAAAAGGAGACAACCGAACAAAGGGCAGAAGAGCUGGAGAGUCGGGUGUCUGGCUCUGGCCUGGACUCGCUGGGCCGCUACCGCAGUAGCUGCUCGCUGCCUCCCUCCCUCACCACCUCUACCCUUGCCAGCCCCUCCCCUCCCAGCUCGGGCCACUCAACACCCCGCCUGGCACCCCCGAGUCCUGCCCGUGAGGGCACCGACAAAGCUAAUCAUGUCCCCAAGGAGGAAGCUGGGGCUCCACGAGGGGAGGGGCCGGCCAUCCCGGGAGACACCCCACCUCCCACUCCCCGCUCUGCCCGCCUUGAGAGAAUGACGCAGGCCCUGGCACUGCAGGCGGGAUCCCUGGAAGAUGGGGGGCCCUCACGGGGAAGUGAGGGCCCGCCAGACGCCCUGCAUAAAGCCCCCAAGAAGAAGAGCAUCAAGUCAUCCAUAGGUCGUCUCUUUGGCAAGAAGGAGAAGGGGAGAAUGGGACCACCAGGACGGGACAGCUCCUCUCUGGCUGGAACACCCUCAGAUGAGACAUUGGCCACCGACCCUCUGGGGCUAGCCAAGCUCACAGGUCCAGGAGACAAGGACCGAAGGAACAAGAGGAAGCAUGAACUUCUGGAAGAGGCCUGCCGCCAGGGCCUGCCCUUUGCCGCUUGGGAUGGCCCCACCGUGGUCUCCUGGCUGGAGCUGUGGGUGGGCAUGCCGGCGUGGUAUGUGGCCGCCUGCCGGGCCAAUGUCAAGAGUGGUGCCAUCAUGGCCAACUUGUCGGACACGGAAAUCCAGCGCGAGAUCGGCAUCAGCAACCCGCUGCACCGGCUCAAGCUACGCCUCGCCAUCCAGGAGAUGGUCUCGCUCACCUCGCCCUCCGCUCCCGCCUCCUCCCGCACGUCCACAGGAAAUGUGUGGAUGACACACGAAGAGAUGGAGUCCCUUACGGCCACGACCAAGCCUGAGACCAAGGAGAUCAGCUGGGAGCAGAUCCUGGCAUACGGCGACAUGAACCACGAGUGGGUGGGGAACGACUGGCUGCCCAGCCUGGGGCUGCCCCAGUACCGCAGCUACUUCAUGGAGUCGCUGGUGGAUGCCCGGAUGUUAGAUCAUCUGAACAAGAAGGAGCUCCGAGGCCAACUCAAGAUGGUGGACAGCUUCCACAGGGUGAGUCUGCAUUAUGGGAUCAUGUGCCUGAAACGGCUCAACUAUGACCGGAAAGACUUGGAGAGGAGGCGGGAAGAAAGUCAGACCCAGAUCCGAGACGUGAUGGUGUGGUCCAAUGAGCGGGUCAUGGGUUGGGUGUCCGGACUGGGACUGAAGGAAUUUGCCACGAACCUCACGGAGAGCGGGGUGCACGGGGCACUGCUGGCCCUGGACGAGACCUUUGACUACUCCGACCUAGCCUUGCUCCUGCAGAUCCCCACGCAGAAUGCACAGGCACGGCAGCUCCUGGAAAAGGAAUUCAGUAACCUCAUCUCCUUGGGCACAGACAGGCGGCUGGACGAGGACAGCGCCAAGUCCUUCAGCCGCUCCCCGUCCUGGCGGAAGAUGUUCAGAGAGAAGGACCUCCGAGGCGUAACCCCCGACUCAGCUGAGAUGCUGCCCCCUAACUUUCGUUCGGCCGCAGCAGGGGCCCUGGGCUCGCCGGGACUCCCUCUUCGCAAGCUGCAAUCAGAAGGCCAGACUUCUGGAAAUUCCCGGGCAGAUGGCGUUUCGGUCCGGACCUAUUCCUGCUAGUGCAGGCCUCCAGGUGACCUCACUCGAAUGGAAGAAUCUUCCAAAGGCUGGGCUGUUUCCCCUCCUGCCCAGAGUGUGGUCUCGCCGGGAGCGCGGGCCAGGGAGCUCCCGCCGCUGUCUGGACCAUCCGUACAGACUAGAGGGGAGCGUGCGCCCCUGCCUCACAAAUGGACUGGGCCUGGACCAAACCACAUGAACUGGACCGAGAGGGGAAAAGAAGAGGGCCGGAAGCAAUCCCGCGCCCAAACUUCCACCUCCCUUUUCUCUACUUUGUAAUUUAUUGGUCAGUUUCCCAGGGGAGAUGGGUGCCCAUUACCCGCGGGAAGGGGGCGGGGCUUCCCUCCUGGGCCGCAUGCGGGGAGAGGCUGCCCCCUCCCCUU